CACAUGGCUCUCUUGUUUCAUCAUUCAAUUGAAGGCUUUGUCAGUGAUUUGAAACUUCCUUGUCUUAAUGAUUGAAGUUUCCCCAAAUUCAUUAUUACAUGGAAGAUUUUUGUAUGAAGUGUUUCCCUUAGUUUCUUUGGUUUCUGUUUGAACAUGGGAUGCAAAUAUGUGAGAGUUUCUUAUUGUUUUGGCCCAUUAUUCAGGAGCUACUACAAGUGCACAAAUGUGGGAUGCCCGGUGAGAAAGCAUGUAGAGAGGGCAUCACAUGAUCCGAAAGCAGUCAUAACUACUUACGAAGGGAAACACAACCAUGAUGUACCUGCAGCUAAGAAUAGCAGUAGUCACGACACAGCUGCAGCAGCUGCUGCUGCUGCUAUGAGCAGUAGUGGUCCAUUGAGGAUAAUAAGAUCAGAUGAAAGCGACACCAUCAGCCUUGAUCUCGGAGUUGGGAUGGGUUCUUCUGCAGCCGCUGAGAAUAGGUCCACCGACCACCACCAUCACCACCAACAGCCUUUCCACUCUGAACAUGGGCAGCAAAGCAGUGGGCCCAGUUUCAGCAAAGCUGCAAAUUACUAUGGUGGCAUGAACCAGUAUGCAUCGACUAGACAAACUCCUACGGAGGUUCACAGCUCAUCUUACCCCUACCCACCGAAUAUUGGAAGAUUACUUACCGGUCCUUAGAAUCUGUUCCCGAUGAAGCCAGCACGAUAAAAUGACUUUCCCUCCGGCUGGUGAAAUCGAAGCAGCUGGUCAUGAAUCCCGAAUUGUAGGAUUUCUCUAGUUGUCUAAACCAUGCUGGUCCGGUAAGCACUGUUAUCACAGAGCUGUUCAUCAUUAGAGCUUCUGCUUGUCAUCAACUGUUCUUUCUAUUAGCUUUCCUGGGUAGGAGCUCACAUAGCUUCUGAAGUGAAAGCUUACGGAAGUACAACUGGGACAAGGGUCGAUCGGCUUUUUCCUUAGAGUCGGGGAAUCUGCUGGUGGCUUGGAAGGGACUGACUCAAAACACAGCUCAGCAUUCGAUGUGGGAUGAUUAGUGAUUUGGUUGACAAAGUUGUAAUGUAAGCAGCGCUGUAUGUAUAUGGCCUUUUUAUUGUUGUGAUGUAUACAUACACAAUACUUCAUAGUUUACUCAAUGGGAAAUGACCAGUCAGUUCCUCAAUAGUGUCUUUAAUUUAUUACAUUACUUCACAACAGGGAAAAGGAUGGUAGUGCUCCAUCUCUUAAACUCUACGCUGUGUCUAAAGCUGAUUGCGAUUUCCAGCUUCUACUCAACUUCUGUUCUUUUUUUGUGAUCAAACUCUUAAUCAUUGAAGCCCACUUUCUUUGUUGUGUAAGGUGGUGGCGAUCGGGAAAUGUUUUGUUUUUGUCUCCCGACCCGACAGAUGUGUUGUUGGGGGUAUGAUUUCUGUUGCUGAACUGCUGAUAUGUUACUAUGUACAUAACAAAAAUGUCUGAGACGA